GUUAUAGUUGCACCAGACAGCAAGACCAAACAAUGGCUAGAGCCACUCCUAUCUCCUCCUCCUUCCGCCAUCUCAAAAACCUCUCUAAUUCUUCCCUCCCCUACACGUCACCUUCCGCCGUUCAAAAACUAGCUGCGCCACCACAAUGUCGGACGACAAAGUUCCUCAUCCAUCACUGGAAGUCAUGGCGGAGCUGGAGACAAGUUUCUAUCUGCUUUUAAAUCCCUUCAUAAUCCAUACAGUCCUUAUCCCAUCGUCGAUAGGAAUCUCCAUAUAGAAGCUAUUUUUGCAGCUUUCUUUAGGUCAGUUCGUCUCCGGCGAGAGCGUUUGCGGACUAAGGAUGACGGCUCCGUCGCUCUCGAUUGGGUAUCCGGCGACGAUCGUAGCUUACCUUCCGACUCCCCGCUGCUCAUUUUGCUUGGCUGACUGGGGGAAGCAAUGAUUCGUACGUGAGGCAUACGCUACUGAGAGCUAGAAGUACGGGUUGGAGAGUUGUGGUGCUCAAUAGUAGAAAAGUGGAGAUAGCCCCGUGACAACUCCCAGAACUUUUUCGAUCUUAUACCACCGCAAAAUGGCCAGCGAUAAAACAGCAUGCCAAGAUGAGCGUGCAGGAGCGGAAAUUGUAUAUGGAGCUGAAGAGUGCUAUAGUCAUUCUCUUGAGCUGCUGAAAGAGUUGGGAUUUCCCAUGGGUGUUCUUGCUCUUAAAGACCUUGAAGAAUGUGGCUGUGUUCGCGACACUGGAUUUGUGUGGAUGAAACAAAAGGCUCCAUAUGAGCAUUACUUUGUCGCAACAAAAACUCUAGUUAGCUAUGCCACAGAGGUCACUGCCUACGUGGAGAAAGGAAGAAUGAAGAAAAUGACUGGAGUUAAGAGUAAGCAGCUAUUUAUGUGGGUGCCAAUAGUUGAAAUGAGCAUUGAGGAUCCUGCUCAGAACAAAAUUCACUUCAAGACUCCUAUAGGAAUUGGAAAGUCUUUCCCCCUCACUGCUUUCAUGACUGAUGAAGAAAAGGAGAAGUAUCUGGAGAAAGCUAACGAGUAGAACAAUUAUCUAUAUGAUUGCCCAUUUUGCUUCCUUGUUUUUUCAGCUCAGUAUAUUUCUGUAUUUUUUUUCUGGCAUCAGUGCAUUGAUGGACUUUUAUUUUAAACCUGAUUUUCAUAUGAUUGCUAAAAGAAUUAUCUUUAUGAACCAAGUAUAAGUUUCUGCUUCCA